AUGAGAGGCAGAGCUCCAGAGCUCAGAUUCCCGAGAGUUCCUGGGAAAGGUGUCAAAGACAGAAUCUCAGGAGCACCAUCGAAAUCGUGUGCUGCGGUUUACUCAUGUAGGAUUGACUACAGAUUGCAAAUGACACACCGUGUGGAUCGCACGGAGUGGGCUGUGGUGAGUGUCUCUUACCAAAAUCCAGUUAUAGAAACUCGUGCGGGCUCCUUAUCAACCCUGCUCAAAGGAAAGCUGCCCAAAUUAAAUUCCCUAGAAAGUGGCUUGACUCACAUAGCAGACAUGCUGGCGAGGAUCGCUACCACUGAACGAGGUUUAUCACUCCUGCUUUAUGACAGAAAUCUUGUCUCGGCCGAGGGUGAAAAUAUUUCAGCUGCACAUGUAGUUGUGCAGUUUACCCAGAGGCUGUUGGCAAAAGAGCUGCAUGUGUUCAGCGAGCUGGAGAUUCCUCUCGCCGUGAGCGGGCACCUCAUCUUUGUCUGUCGACAGAUGUACAACACCUGCGAGGGGCUGCAAGUUCUUCGGCCAUACAGCCUACAUGAGUGCAUUGCUAAAGCCUGGAGAAAGACAAGCUCAAUGUCGGAGAGAGUUCCCACUCCUGUUCCUGGAGCUCCCCCAGCGAUCACUUCUCCAGGAGCUGAGCCAGAGCGUGUGGUGGCCUGGGAAGAGAUGGCUCUGGACAAUCUGCUGAAUUUUUCUGCCACACCAAAAGGACUGCUGCUCCUCCAACAGACUGGAGCCAUCAAUGAGUGUGUCACCUACAUGUUCUCAAGAUUCACCAAAAAACAUUCCGACUACAGGUCAGCAGGUGUGAGAUAUGUUUGGUUAUGUGGUGUGAUGGUGACCCAAGUGGCCUAUACAGGCCCCGGCAGUGGUGUGCUCUUUGCAAAGCUCAGUAGUGUUGCUUGUUGUUUGUUUUCCUGUGUAAACACUUCUUUAUUCCAUCUGUGCUCAUCCAGGCUCUUGAGCUUGCUGUGCUGUAACCUGGAUUAUUUUCUUCUGCUGGAGUCUCAGUAUAAUCUCUCUGAGUUACUGCUGCAGGGUCAGAGGGACAAUGUCACAGAGCCAGCCCUCAGUUGAAGGUGAAUUAUCAUCAUCGAUGGACUGUCUGUGGAAAGAAACCAUGUUCUAGUUCGAAUCGGUUCAGUUGGUGGUCCAUCUGAGAGAAGACUUCCUCCCAGAGCCCUGCAGAAAGGAAUGACCCCUUACCCAUGGCCAAUAGUGUCCACAUACCCUCUGCCUAAGUAUUAUAUCCUCGACGUGCCCAAGACUCUCCGCACUAAACAGGAGUCAGAGAUCAGUGCUUUCUUGGCAUCAUCUAAGGAAACAGAGAGAGAUGCUAGCUGGAUGGAUGACUGCAGAAGACAGUUCUGCAUCAUGGCUACAAACACUCUCACUGGAUAUGUACUUGCUGAUCUGUUGGAGAGGGUCGUGCUGCAUCUCUCAUCUUCAUCCACUGACUGCUUCUUUCCACCGGCAGAAUAUAAAGUGGUGGACCACAGUGUAAAGACUCGAAGCCUGUCAUCUGUGGAGCAGUUAGGUGUGGGGAUAUCCCUCAGGUAAUACAGUAUGGCAAAGUUCCUGAAGCUAUUGAGAGAAGAUUCAGAGCAGGAUCUGUGUCUUGUGCUCAAGCACUGCCAGGAGUUCCUCUCUCUAACAACGAGUCAAUCCUGUUUUCAGGAUGGUUAUCCUGGUCAUGAUUGGUUUGCCUCCACAGUUUUUCUGCUCAUGCAUGGCGACGUGGGUCGUUCUCUGAGUCUGCUCUUACGUUUCUCCCGUCUGUUACCGUCUGCCUUCCUGUGGCCCCCGAGACUGCACAGCUCUGUACAUCUCCCUAUAGAGAUCGCUCAGUCAGGCAUUCAUCCAAUCUCCUGCACCGCUCAUUACGUCGAGAUGUUGCUCAAGGCCGAGGUUCCUCUGGUUUUUGCUGCCUUCAGGAUGUCUGGCUUCACUCCCCUCUCAGGUGCUAUCUGUAUUCAGUGGCUUGGCCAGUGCUUCUGGAACUACCUGGACUGGCCUGAGGUCUGUCAAUAUGUAGCCAUAUGUGUUAUCAUGGGACCAGAUUACCAGGUGUACAUGUGCAUCUCUGCCCUCCGUCACCACCUGCAGCAGGAUAUCUUGCAGCACACACAGACACAGGACCUACAGGUCUUUCUUAAGGAGGAACCAAUCCACGGCUCAGGGUGAGUAAAUUACCUGGAGUACAUGGAGGGGCUGGAGCGCAACUACAGAUCCCUGGUGCUCUCGGACAUGAGGAGCAUCUUACCAAGGAGCAGCUAGAAGGAAACA